AUGAAUCGGUGGAAAUUAGUCCUUGGUGUUUCUUCAAUUCCUUCUAUAUCGUUUAUUGCAUGGAACUUGUAUUUGACUAAGCAAUGUCCUGAAGUAGAACCGGGAGAAAUGCCUGCUGACAUGCGGAUAAUGUCCGUUAUCAAAAGCAAUACAAAUCCUAAUGUUAGUGUUCCAUAUUGCGAUAUAUUCAAAAUUAAGUUACAAAAGAGUAACUUUUUAGAUGUAAGCAAAAGUUUCUUUGAUAGAAAAGCUUUAGAAUUUGAUGAUAAUGGUGCCUUUAAAAUAUUUGGUAAUACUUCUUUAACAGAUUCUAAAAAAAAAACUCAGAGUACGGUUUGGCGAUGGAAAUGGAGUGAUGAUCAUCUAGUGAAAUUUUUUGAAAAGUUAGCUAGCUGGGGGUAUCCUUUUAGAUUAAUGAAUGGGGGAUAUCAUGAAUUGUAUGUGGAAACUGAUUCAAAGGAAGAUGCAAUUGAAGUUUAUUUUGCCAAUGCCCAUGAAUAUGCUGAUCUAGGGGACUCCAAAAUUUUACCAAAGUGGGUAAGAAGCUUGCAUCGCGUGUACGCCAGGUAUUUGCUUUCAUCUGCAUUCGAAGAUAUGCCUAAACUUACGUCUGACUAA